CGCAGGUCAGAAAGUUCAACGAAAAGCAAUAAUAUUGAUAAGAAGUUAGUUUUAGCAACAACAUUUCGAUGAAAAACAUUAGAGCCGGCUGUUAAACGUCGUGCACAUGUUAAUAUUUUGUUCACUUUAAUUUGAGACGUGCUCUGAAGCUCAAGGCAGCGUUGACAAGCUGACAAUAAAUAUUUCAACUCUAACAAAUUGCAACGGAAAAUGGUUUUCAUAACAAAGUUGGCACGUGUGGGUGUGCAGGCUGCCCGUCAGCUACGCGCUACUCCUUUAACGACGCAGUGGCGUAGUAUCCAUGUCAGCUGCAUCCUAGAAGAGCGCCGUUAUACUGACAAGCACGAAUGGGUGGAACUUUUGGACGCCAACAAGGCCAUUGUGGGUAUUUCAAGCUACGCACAGGAAGCGCUUGGCGAUGUAGUGUUUGCUCAGUUGCCCGAGCCUGGCACAGAGUUGAAGCAGGAUGAUGAGUGCGGCGCUUUGGAGAGCGUCAAGGCAGCCAGCGAGGUCUAUUCACCCGUAUCCGGCAAGGUAACAGAGAAGAAUGCGAUGGUAGAGGAUACGCCAGCGCUAGUCAACAGCAGCUGCUAUGAAAAAGGCUGGCUUUUCAAGGUGGAUCUUAACAAGCCCGAUGAAUACCAAAAACUCAUGACUGAAGAGCAAUACAAGACUUUCCUAAGCAGCAGCUCUGACCAUUAGAGGCUAAUGGAAAACACCAAACUCAAUCUACACCGUUGCCCGUUGUUAUCUCAUGGAAACACAAACAUCCUCACACAUACACACUUACAAACAAACAAACUCAUCUACAUAUCUAUACCAAACUACGUUGUUGUCGCAUUUGGACUUGUCGCUACGCUUUAAGAAUAAACUGUAAAGCCAAACACUACACUUAAAACAAAAA